UCCUUUUCCGCCCUUGCCGAUUCAAGGAAUCGCCAUUUUGAAUCUGCAUUUGUGUGUUGUUGGCGUCGUUGUCGUUUGGUUUGUGAAAUACAUCAACCAGUUUUCAGGGCUCCCCUAUACUCCAUUAUUUCCUUUCUUUUUAAUUCACUGUCUAAUCAUUGCAAAUAUUUCAGACAGGCCGGACAAGAUGCCGGGUUUUAGCAGCGCGGGCACGUUCAAAAUCUUUAUCGGAAACCUCGCCGAGAAAACCAGCGUGUCGGACCUUCGGCCCUUAUUUGAGAAAUUCGGCAAAGUUGUGGAAUGCGACGUCGUGAAGAAUUACGGUUUCGUCCACAUGGAAAACGAAUCCGAAGGUCGCGAAGCGAUCCAACAACUGAACGGAACCAUGGUCAACGGGCAAUCGAUGAAGUGCGAGGCGGCCAAAAGCCGCAAGGCGCCGCAAACGCCGACCACCAAGAUUUUCGUAGGCAAUUUGACGGAUAACACGAAAGCACCCCAGGUCCGUGAGUUGUUUAAAAAGUUCGGCACCGUGGUGGAGUGCGACAUCGUUCGCAACUAUGGAUUCGUGCAUCUCGAGUCGUCGGGAGACGUGAACGAGUCUAUUAAAGAGCUUAAUGGUACUAUCGUCGAUGGCCAACCUAUGAAAGUCCAGUUAUCUACGAGCCGUGUUCGGCAGCGACCCGGAAUGGGCGAUCCGGAACAGUGCUAUCGCUGCGGACGUGGCGGACAUUGGUCGAAGGAGUGUCCUAAGAGUAUGGGACCGGACAGGUUUCGGGAACGAAUGUUCGGACGCGAUCCCUACCCUCCACCGCCACCUCCUCCGUUCCUCCGCGACCGGAUGAUGGGACGAUUUGGGGAUGCAUAUGACAGCUAUUAUGACAGGAGGUAUCCCGAAGAUUCCCGCGACCUCUAUGAAAGGCGCUACUCUGGCAUACCCCCACGGGGUGAGUUGGGACUCCGCGGCAGCCGCGAUUUUAUCCCUCCCCCGUUGCCACCCAGAAGGGAACCCUUACCACCCAUGCCUUCAAUUGGUCUUCGAGGACCUUCCUCAAGCAGUAUGGGCAGUCGAAUAAGCGAUGGCGGCUUCGCUAGGGGAUCUAGCGAUUACUCAAUGUUCAGUAGAAGAUCGCCACCGCCAUCUGGAGCAAUAUCCGGAACUAGAAUGAGCCGAAUGUAUGAAGAUUUUAGCAGAGACUCUUUCGAUGAGAGAAGGCCACCAAUGAGAGGACCAUCACCUUCCAGAAGAUAUGCUCCAUACUAGAUGGUAUGAGUCAAAAAAUUCCUUCAUCAAUUUACAAAAGAUGACCACAGUAAAAGUUGCAAAUUUUAGAUCUUAAUGAUCUUUAUGUGUUUGCAUUUCCUAUAUGGCAAGAUAUUUUAUAUGUUUAAAAUUCUGUAAAUUCAAUAACUUUAAUAUUAGCUGGUAGUCUAUAAUAACUAAAUGUGUCUUUUUUAUUUUGAAUUGUGAUUGUGGUAAUAAAUUACUUCCCAUUAA